AUGGAGCAAGAGUGUGGGGAGCGACCUCUUCGCAUCCGGCUGUACAGGGCCAGCUUCCUUGCAAACACCUAUGCAGCUGCUUGGGAGCCAUCCCCUUCCCCAGUUGCAGGCAGUGGAGCAACAACAGUAUCAUGUGAAACUGUAUCUUCCUCUGUGCACAACUUUUCCACAGAGAGGAAGGUUUUGGAGUGGGUUGAAGGAAUGUAUGGUAGAAACAUUCCUACUACAGACAAUAUACCCUCUGCACCCCCCUACUGGAUGAUUCAAGAUGGUGGUGGAGCUUCCCCAACCUUGCACAGUAGCCCCCUGCAGUCAAAGCAUUUGUUACAGAUGCGUAAAUGUAGAAGCCUGAGUGUCACAGACGUCCAUCCCUGUCGUCCACGUAGCAGCUGGGGUAUACCAGAUAGCAUGGAGAAGGAAGACAUCUUUGAGGAAGAUGGCUACUCUGAGGAUGAUGAGUAUUCUUCAUCAGAAGAGAGUGAGUUAGAUGUUCGGCAAAGAGAGACCAGAGCAAGAUCCUGUAGGGCAAGCCCCCAGAUCCAACGAAAUGUCCGACCUCGCACCUCUCCUUUCAUGCCAAGCCCUCCUUCCAGAUGUCGAUGCCCCCAACUUAACUCCCCACCACCCACAUGCAAUGUUAAAAAGAGAAAAACACUAAACCCUCUAAACAGCUCUAGAAAUGAGUUGGAUGCUGCUAACAGGAGGAUUGCAGCCAUUGUGCACCCACAUAAAGGGGGUUUUGAUGUAAGGGGGCACCCACAAACUCAACAACCAAGGAACAUGCGAUAUGGGCAGCCCCUCAGCCCAACACCAUCUCCUCCUGCAUCAAGUUGCUGCUGUUGCUCCAAUAGACCAUAUAGUGCAGGUUCUAUUCCACCAAUACGCUGCCACAAACCUACAACCUCGUCUCUGAGUCCAUACUCUUGUCUGCCGCCUACAAGACUAAGACGCCCAGACUCUUCUGGAGAUGUUCUUCUGGCUCUCAGUCAAGAGGAGCGUGAAGUUAUUGAGGCUGUGACAUCACUGGGAUACCCACUGCGCAGAGCUAUGAUUGCACUUCAGAAAAUGGGAGGACAGAGUCUGGAACAGGUCUUAGGAUACUUAGGAGCCACAGAUCGACUCUGUAAAGUUGGAUAUGAAGAGUCUCUUGUGGAAGAAGCCAUGGAAAUGUUCCAGAAUUCUGAGAUAAAGGCAGCAGAGUUUCUUCGUCUUUUGUCACAGUUUAAUGACAUGGGCUUCCAACAAGAAGACAUUAAAGAAGUUCUCCUUAUCUAUAAUAACCACAGAGAUCGCUCUCUAGAGGAACUGAUGAUGAGAGCUCAAUGA